ACAUGUGUGACCAGUUUACGAGGGGGUAGAAGGUUGAAACGCGCUUGAGUUAGUCCUUUUUGCUAGUUUGGGGCUAGCAGAACAACUUGUUGAGCUAGUGGAAAGCAAGCCUGGUGAAAAAGCAAAGUUUGUUUAUAUUUUUUAAAGGAAGAUAUAAAGUUAUGACUAAAUAAUAUUUUUGGCUAGCUCCUGGAAAGCUAGGGUACCUUGCUAGUAAACUGAAACAUGCUGUGCUUUGGGUAAGCUUAUUUUCCUAAUUUACCUCAGCUCAGAGAUGAAAAUCACCAAAAAUUAAAUAAAAUAAAACAGAAUGUUGAAUAAUGGUUGAACUGGGUUACAAUACUCUUUCUACGUCAAAAGAGGACUUGCGACUUGUUACAUAUCUCUGUGGAAGGACUAGCUCAAUCAGUAAAGCACUUGUCUCUAAUGCGACAGGUCACAGGUUGAAUCCUUGUAGCCAGACCAAUACUCAAGUUCUUAAAAUAAUUGAGGAAUGAAGGUUCUGCAUUUGCCCUGCAAACAGCUAGACCUUCAAGUGGCUCGGAUGACCAUGUAAAAUGUCAGUCCCUCCCAUCUCCAGUAGGAGACAUAAAAAUAGUAAUCCUCAAUCACUGCUUUUGUGCUAAAUACAUUGACACUGAAAUAAAGUUCAUUGUUUUCUAAGACAUAGUUAUUGUUACUUUUAUUCAGGCAUUGUGGCCUUGCUGUUAUCAAUGCCUAUUCCAAUGUGGCUGCCAAUCUGCAGGGAGAGACUCAGCUGCAGGAUUACCUAGUGCGUCUGUUGGAACUGUUUGUACAGCUGGGUUUAGAAAGCAAGAGAGCCAGUGAGAAAGCACCAGUUGCUUUCAAGGUCAGUUUAUAAAUUAGCCUGUUGCACAGACUGAGGAACUAAGCUUAUAUGGAAAAGUCCAUCUGCAAAACAGCAGUGAAAUCCUUGUUCUGGGCUUCCACCGAUGUAGCAAUAUUUGAGUAUGCACCUUGAUUGGCCUGUUAAAAAUGCUAUGAUUUUUGAUUUGCCAGUCAGGUGGAGGGAAAAUUUGAAACAUUUCCGUUAAUUCAUUGAGUCCAUUCGGGGCCCAGAACAAGGAUAUUGGCACUGUUUCACAGAUGUUACUGUAAACUGAAGUUAGAUUAUGUCUGUGAGGCAGGCUAUUCAUAAGGAAUAAAGUUCUCCUACACAGGAUUUUUUGUGUCGUAACCCUUCCUUUAGCAUUAAAUGAAGGAUGAUCAUCGCAGUUAUAUACGCAAAUUUUGCAGUUGCGAAAAGGAAGUCUGAAAAAAAUUCAGGCUUGUACAGGAUUCAAACCCUUGACCACUGCGAUACCAGUCCAGCUCUCUACCAAUUAAGCUAACAAGCCAACUGGGAGAAGGUUGUUGAAUAGGUUCGUUAUAAACCCAUGAAAGGAUGAUGAUGAUGUUAUGAUUAUAUGAAAAUCAUAUAUGUUCUUAAAACAUGAACUGCUGGCUAUGUUUUAAGAACAUUUAAAUCAACUGUUUUACUUCACUAGCCUGAUGAAUUUCUUCAAGAAUGAAAAUCAUAUAUGUGAACUGCAAAGUGAAGAAUUAAAUGAAGGAUGAUCAUCACAGUUACAUGCACAACUUUUGCAGUUGCGAAAAGGAACCCUCCAAAAAAUUCUGGCUUGUACAGGAUUUGAACCCUUGACCUCUGUGAUACUGGUGCACCAUUCUAGCAAUUAAGCUAACAAGCCUUUAGCAUUAUACACACCAGCAGAUAAGCAGGUCUUGAACUGUGAAAUCUGAAGAUUUUAUUCCUUAAUAGAUAUUUAUUAGCCCCAGUCUAUCGAACAACACUUUGGUCCUAACUCAGGAAGCGAGUGUCUGCAAGUAAGCUGAUAGCUUAGGAGAAUGGUUUUUGUAUUGAAGAGAGUUCAAAAGGCAUUUUUGUCAAACUAUUUCUGGCUGAUCAUUGCCUGUUUUAUAUAUCCUUCUAGGCUUCAUCCAGUGCUGGUAACCUUGGUGUCCUUAUCCCUGUCAUCUCCAUUGUAAUGCAGCGACUCCCUGUCAUUACUGACCCCAAGCCUCGCCUGCACAAGUUAUUCCGUGACUUCUGGCUUUACUGUGUUGUCAUGGGCUUUGGUGUUGAAGGUUCCGGUCUGUGGCCACACAAGUGGUAUGAGGGAGUGUGUCAGAUCGCGUCAAAAUCUCCUUUACUCCUCGGCACAGGUCAUUUGAGAUCAGAACUGAUGUACAAUUCAGCUUUGAGGAAUGACUCUGUGAAUCCUGUAAGUGAUAUUGUUAUAAUAUAUGUCUGUAAUUUAUUUUGUUCCUGAUUGGCUACCACGGAUACUUUAGUUUAAGGAACCUGUUUGCUCUAGAAAUACUGUUAAAAGAGAAAAGUAAAGUAAAUGAAAUCAUCACAGAUGUUCAUGUUUUAACUUUACUCCACCCCAACCCAACCCAAACCCAUUUAGGCAGUGGAAAACUUAAAAGCUGGAGAUAGAAUCCUCAAUCAAAAAGCUGUUCCAAGGAAGCAAUCCAAUCACCAGCAUCAUCGAACUAUCAUCAUCAUCAUCAUCAUCAUCAGCUUUACUGCCAUACAAGUACUCAUCAGUAACAGCAUAGCUGACUUAUGAUAUUAAACAGCACAUACCUAAUUUUUUCUGUAGAGUGGCCUCAACCAAGUAAAGCAUCUGCUUCUUCCUACCCUUCUGGGCCAGCAGCUCCUAAAUUUGUCAGCCUUGGGAUUGUUAGACUAGUAUUUGACCAAAAAUUUCAUGCCACACAGUAGAGCUUCUCACGGUCAAAUGUUACUUGUUACCUAUUCUAAUUUUGGCGAUUUUUGCAGUUUUUCCAGCGAUCCACAAAAAUAAAUUCCCGCAAAUAAAAAUUGCCACAAACAUUUUUCCCGCAAAAAUUUACUUCAGAGUAAAUUUUCUAACUUAAAUUCGCUAUACAAAAGUACAGUUCUAAGAAAUUGUGUCUGUUCAAUAACAACUUGAAAAUAUGUAUUUCUAUUGCAUGUAUUCAAUAAAAACGAAAAUAUUACCAAUGCUGGGUACUGGGUACUUUUUGAAAAUCACAAAAAAUAAUUCCCAGAAAGAAAAACCAAUCUGUCCUAAUCGCAAAAAUUAGUUCUCGCAAAACACAAAAACUCGCUAAUCCGCAAAAAUAAACUCCUGCAAAAAUUUCGUGCCAUAUGGUAUUCUUUUAUUAUUGCUAGACAGUUGACAUUUUUUUUUUGUAAGUUGAUGCGUGUUAACUGUUUUUCAGGCUGAAUUGAAUGAGGUCCGCACUUCUCUGCUGGAAGCUCUGAGUAAUCCUGCCGAGAUCAUUACACUGGUGAACAGACUGAAUUUUGGACAGUGUACAUACCUGUUGUCUGUUUAUCGGUUGGAAUCUCUACGGGUAUCAUCUGAUCCUGGCAAAUUUUAUUCCAUCUUUGACUAUUUAGAGGACAAAGCCAUUGAAAAGGAUAAAGCUGGUAAGGAAGAACUUUUUUAUUAUUACUGUUUACCUAUUCACUGUAUUAUGAUAAAUAAAAAAUUACUGGUAUUAUUGUUUAAUAAAAUAGAUAAGGAUUUUCUUUUGUUGUUUGCUUUUUACAUGUCCCCUCUUAGUCACAGUUUAUAUUCAUGUAGAAGAUGUAGAGUAAGGAAAGGACUAUUAUUUAUAUUAUUUUAAAGAUUAUUGUCCACACUUUUAUAAGUUGUCCUUUAAUACUUUUUCCCCAUGAUUGUUCAAGGAAUGUGGCAGUGUAUUUCUGCUGUUGGGGACAAAGUUUUCUCUGUGUUUCUUGACGUCAUGUCAAACAAACCAAGGACGACCAAGAGGGAAGAUGAAUUAGAAACACAUGCACAGUUUUUGCUUGUCAAGUUCAAUCAUCUGCAGAAAAGGAUCAGACGUGUUGCUGACAAGUAUCUCUCAUCCUUUGUUGACAAGUAAGGGCGUAGAAAAGAGUGACUAGUUUUGACUGUGUGUAGAUGGUUAAUCUUGCUAACUUGCUUUGAGGUAAAUGCUCUCUCAAGCCCCAAAAAUAUUUGGGAAAAAAAUGCUAGCUGCAUGCUCUGCCACCAUGCUUGCAACAAUAUUUACUUGGGUAAUAAUCAGUGACUUUGUCUUUCUUCUCUUUUAAUGUAUGAUUUUAGGUUUCCCCAUCUUCUAUGGAAUGGAAGAGUAUUACACUUCAUGCUGGAUUUGCUUCAAGAACUCUCCCAGUGCCUCAAUCAUCCAGUUAGUAAUCAUGCAUUGCUGUCUACUUGUAAUGAUAAAGACAUUAUUAAACAUUAUACACACUUUCUGUUUCCUUAUGGACUACUAAAUUGAUGGCGUCAUAAAAAUGAAAUUUCUGAAAAUAUGGGAUUUGUCAGGAUAUUCUGAAAGAACAAUGUCCAAGAGGCCUAGUUACCAAAAAUGAGCAUUUCGGGGCAAAUUGUCUCUGAGAUGUUAGCCCGCUAUACUCAGAAAACUCUAUAGCCUCCUAAGUAAUAGAGUACUAAAGUGUGAUGUCAUAAAAAUGAAAUUUCUGAAAUUAUGGGAUUUGUCAGGAUAUUCUGAAAGAACAAUGUCCAAGAGGCCUACUUACCAAAAAUGAGCAUUUCGGGGCAAAUUGUCUCGGAGAUCAUAGCCCAGUUAUGCUUAGAAAACUCCAUACAAACCCUUCUAAAUUUUUUUGGGGUCAACCCCACACUUUAGUAUUCUAUUACUUAGGAGGCUAUAGUUGAUUCUGGAAAUCAGCACACCAUACAGAUUACUCAACCAAGAGAACAGGUUAUGAGAAUUGACAAAGUGAUCACCUAAAGAAAAAUUAAUGCAUUGAUGCUUUAAUGUGUUAUCAAAUUCUCUCAACUAAUUUUGUAAGGAGAUGUAUAGAGUUGAGUGUGAUGAAUUUGUUUUUCUAGUAUUGGGGUUAAAGAUGAUUGGAGAGACCUUGUUUCUGAUUUCCAACACUACGAAAUGUAUAUUUUCUGAUUUAGAAUGAGAACCACCAGACAAUUGAGAUCAAUGUUCCCAGUUCUGUACCAUUCAGGCUGACCGUCUCUGAGGAAAUGGAUGGUCGCGAGGGAACUGUCAGGGAUUUUGCUGAUCGGUGCAGUGGAAUCAUCAUGGAGGCCAUCAAAUGGGCUCCAGAAACAACGAGGUCUUUACUACAGGUUAGUGGAGAUGUCUUCAGACAAAUUAAACACAUACACAUCUAUAGCAAGACGACUCUAUUCGGCUCUUACUGGCUGAGCAAAUACAUGACAGAAAAGUUGAAUUCCAGCUAAUUGUCCUUUGGAUAGGUAGCUCUCUUAUUUUGCUCGCCGGGAGCCACUUCUUGCUUGUCUUAGUUAAUGAUUUUGUUAGAGGAUGAUUUGCCUGGACUUUGCUUAUGAGGUAAGUAAACUUAAAAUGUUCCUUCCCAGCAAGAAAAUCUACUUGUCCCAGGCUACUGGAUGGAAAUUUUUUUGAGCCCUGUGCACCUCUUCUAGUCUUCUAGUAUUAUAUGUUAUAGUUCCGAUGAUGAUAAUAUUUAAUAAUAUAUUAAAUACUGCAGCUCCUGUUGUUAUUUGAGUGGCGGCAUUAUUUGAGCCCUUGCUUUGUUUUCUAAAACCAAUGGCAAAUGUCGUUUAUAUCUCUUGUGAUCAUACAUAGUUUUGAAUUUAGACAUUUUGAGCAGUGAUUUUACAUUGAAAUAUUUCACUUUUCUUUCAUCGUACCCAGGAUUACAUCAUGAAACUGAAAAAUGCAUCACAGGGAAUCUCCCAUCACACUGGCCUGUCAUUAGCGACAGAGAAUGUCUUACGAUUUGCUGGACUGAACCCCUCCUCUGUGGCUGUAAGUGGGGUUUUACUGGACAAGCGACCCAACUGCGUCAAACAAGACUCUUCUCAACUCGUAUCGGGACUCACUUAUAGGAAUCGCUAUUUAGGAGAGGUACCUGUUUUAACAAACUCUUAUAGUCAUUUACUUCAAAUUAAAGUGCCCUACUACACCUGCAAGGCCGGGUGAACAGUAACUAAUGCAUUUAUUUUCUCCUUUAAAUGUUACUCCUUAUCCAAACGCCCAGGUCUUGCCAUUAAGAAAGUAAUCAUUAAGCAAUUAUAUGUAGGGGCCAUUUUAUGACGUUUACUCUUUGCUUAUAUAUAAUCUCAAGUAUGUGUUCCCCUGCCCUGGUAUACAUAUCAUUGGUGAUGUGUGUUCCCCAGGCCAGAAAACACAUAUCACUAGUGAUAUGUGUUUCCCGGGAAGGGGAACACAUAUCACCAGGGAUAUGUGUUUCCAUGUAUCACUAGCGAUAUGUGUUCUGGGGAACACAUAUAAGGGGGGCAACAUAUAUCACUGUCAUGUCACAGUAAUAUGUGUUCUCUCUAACACAUAUCCGUAGCGGAAUGCGUUUUUCCUACCCGGGAACAAUUCCUAGUGAUAUGUGUUCCCCUACCCGGGAUACCCAUAUCGCUAAUGGUAUGUGUUUCCCGGAUAGGGGAACACAUAUCACUAGGGAUAUGUGUUCUCAGGUAGAGGAACACAUAUGGCUUGUGAUGAGUGUUCCCCUACCCGGAAAACACGCAUCGCUAGUGAUAUGUGAUAUAGUGAUAGUGGUAGGUAAACACAUAAUCCUAGUGAAAUGCGUUCCCCUACCCAGCCGUUCCCAUUUAUACGCGACUGUUUAAAGUUUGUAAAAAAAAUUUUAGUCUCAAAAGGUGAGCGAUUUUUUCGUAUUGCAGCAUUUGACUGUAUCACACUCUCUCACAUCAGCAAUGAACAUUCAGUGUUGUCUUUUGAAUAAGUCAUAUGUCAACAAAUGAUUGAAAAUUGCAGGAAAUUCAUUUAAAAAAAUCUGAGUCCUUUUGAGACUUGAAUUUUUAACACCUUUCGAGACGUUUGAGACAAGGGUUUGUUUUUCAAUUGUCAAUUCCAAGGUCAAGAAUGAGCAUUCAUGGAAUGAACUGUCUAAAGAUUUUUUAAAGAUGUUUUAAUCUAACCAUUUUUUUUAGGUUAUGGGCAUGAGAGAACUGUUGGUCUGUCAAUCUUCCAAUGAUCAAGAUGCAAAUAUAGCUUUAUCAGCUAUGUUAAACAAACAGUUAGUUGACGCCAAGAUGAGUAGUGAGGAUUCUUUCGUUGCUGCCAUGUUUAAAGCUUCAGCUUUUCUUGUUACCUCAAAAGGUACAGUUGUAUGUACCACUGCAUAAAUACUUUGAUCAUUCUUAAGCUGGAAAAAAAAAAACUUCUGAUGAAAACAAGAGUGAGACACAUCAUCAAUUAGAUGAAGCCCGCAUGUCAGGUGAUGAAAGGGACACCUUCUACAAGAACUCUGUUUUUGUUCGUUUCUGCGAACUCUCCCUUUUCCCUGUUGUGUUUUCUUCUCUCUCCCCUUCCCUUUUUGCACCUGCCAGGAAGGUUAUCAUCAAACUUUGGUGUUUUUGGUGUUUCCCAUCUCUUUUCGUAAUUUUUAGAGUGCUUUAAGUGCAACUUUCUUCAGCUCUUGCCUAGCGAGAUUAAAGUUUCCAAAAGAACUCACUAUGAGUCCAAGAUAUUUGUAGGAUUUGACGUUUUCCAGUUCAGCAGCGCCGUAUCUGAACAAGUAGUUGUUUAAAGACCUACCACAGUUAUUAAAAAUCAUAAUUUUUGUCUUGUCUAAAUUUACACUUAAAUCGGCAUUUUCACAGAAAGAUUCCAGCUUAUUAAGGAUUAUUUGAAGGCUUUUUGCUGAUCUAGAGAAGAUCACUAGAUCGUCUGCAUAAAUAAGAGACAAUUUAUAUAUUUAUCACUUAGCAUAACGUCGGUUGAGCUGGCCGUAUUUAGGAAUUUUGGUAGAUCACUUAGAUAGAAAUUAAAAAGAGUAGGUGACAACAUGCAACCUUGCGGUCAUCCAGACCCUUUGAUAAGGGGGGAGGGGGGGGCGGGGGCGGUCAUCCAGACCCUUAGUUAAAGGGGGGGCUGGGGUCCGACACUGCAAGAGUUGUUCCCUGUCAUUCAUCUGUUAUUUUCUGACUCUCUCUAUGUUAGACACCUCUCUAAGACAGACAAUGGUUUCUGUCCUAGUAGCAUGCAUCUUAGAUAGUGAACUAAAUGUGUAAUAGCUUGUGAUCGUCUGGAACAGGCCACUGUAGUAGGUAGCUAAUUAAACCAACUGUUGCAAGCUGAACAUGUAAUAUCAAAAACAUCUUCUUUCAGUUGUUGACCGUCGUCUGCUUCACAACAUCUGCUGGUGUCCAACAGAACUCUUUACUGAAUGUUCCAUGUCCACUGCUGUGUCCUGCUGGGAAUGGAUUAUGGGUGCAAGACAAGACCUUGAAUUGCAGGUAAGUCCAAUUAGCUGCUUGUAUCACCUAUGGGGGGGGAGGGACCCCCAUCCCCCCUGGGACCAUUCAAAGGAUUGAAUUGCCGUACAUGAGAAAUCCAUCCACAGAGUGAAAAUUAUGUUUACAAUUUCUCCACUUAAGUCAAUUUAAGUUUCAUGGGCACACUAGAAUGCAUAGCUAGCGUUUCCAUUUGGUUUCGGGGUAAGGAAAGACUGAGGAAAAGGAUUUUGUGUUUUGGCCGCACGAAAAUGACCCCCCUCCCUCCCCCCUGCUGUUUUACUUGCCCCAUUUUUCGCGCUGUCUUUGACACUGGUUCUUCGUUCCUUGCUUCGAAACGCACAGAAAUGCUUGCUACACUGGCUAUGGACACACAAAAUAUCAUUUAAAUAUUAAUUUUUUGUAUCAUCAGAUUUUGAGUAAAAUCAGUGCAGCUUGGCAGUGGACUGUUUGUCGGAGGGUGGGGUUAUUUGCCGCAGACCAAAAGGUGGACAGUCCUUUAGCAGUAUUCUCGGACAACAAAUCCCCACCCACUGCCCCUAAUGUUUCUCCUCAUGACAUUUGGAUAAAGUUCCUUGCUCGAAGGUUUGAGGUGAUCAAAUACUACAGCCGUGAUCAGGUACGUUGACAAGUGACAACAUCAUUUUAUAAGUAGGUUGAGUUUGAUCGUCCGGGUGAACGUAGUCCUGAAAAGGACUGUUGUUGUUGACGGUGACUAUGUUGUCUUUUGUCCUGAGAAUUAAUAACCCUGCAUGAUGCAUCUGGAUGAUAAAAGAACUUAGCUCACCACAACUGAAUAUCUCCUUUGUUAAUAUCAAUUAAUGUUAUUCUUCAGUUGAAAUAUUUGACAAGGGAAAUUAGUUGCUGUUGUUUUUGUUGUUGUUUUUAUUUUCAUAAACCCCUCCUCAAAAUACUUGGUUUUGGUUUCAAAGCAAAUCUUCGCCAUAGACCCAAAUCACCAUUUACUGCACAUGAAUUACCAUCUAUCGUCAUUUCAUUUUUACUUAACAAAAAUGGAUAUGAUAAAUGGUAGGGAAACCCAGAAAUCUCUAAUAAUCUUCAUAAUACCUCCUCAACUGGGUUCUUGGUAGGUUGAAAUGCUAAUUUGCUAAUCAAAUCAUGAUUUACUGUACAUGAAGUACCAUCCAUCCUCAUCUCUUUUCAGACUCGUUCCCAGGUUCUCUCUCCUACCCGUCAACUCUCUCGCAGGGAAGAGUAGGAGAGAACCCAGGGAACUUAAAAAUAAAUAGCUGUGAUGAAUAGCAGGGAAACUCUGAAAUCUCUAAAAAGCUUGAGAAUAACUCUUCAACUUUGUUCUUGGUAGGUGGAAAUAUUUGCUACAAUGCUUCAGCGAUGCCUUCCUUUGUGUGUAGGAAAGAAGAACUGUUUGUCUCGGCAUAUCACCACUCUCAGAGCAAGGUUCAGGUUACUUCAUCUUGGACUGUCCAUGCUGCAGGGAGACUUCUUAACAAAUUCUGUCGUGAAAAAUGUCCUCCGUGAAAGAAUUUACCUCAAUGCGAUGGACUAUUUCAGGUACCUGUGUGCUGGUUUUAAUUCUUUCACUCACAAGAAUGAGUGCCUAGAAAUCAAAAUUUUGCUUUGUUUAAUACUAAUAGUUUGAAUGGUCACACCACAGGAUGUCAUCCACAGACUCAAAACUUAGAACUACAUGCUUAUAAAAUUAAUAGUACCAUGUGAAAGUACUACUGAAGACGUUUCAGUUGAAUGGCCACACCAUAGGAUUUAAUCCACAGACUCAAAACUUAAAACUGCAUGCUUAUAAAUAGUAGCAUGUGAAAGUACUACUGAAGACGUUUCAGUUAAAUGGUCACACCGUAGGAUUUCAUCCACAGACUCAAAACUUCAAACUACAUGCUUAUAAAUAGACUAAGCAUUUGAAAGUACUACUGAAGACGUUUCAGUUAAAUGGUCACACCAUAGGAUUUCAUCCACAGACUCAAAAUUUAGAAGUGCAUGCUUAAUAACAAAUAGUACUAUGUGAAAGUACUUUAAAGAUGUUUCAUUGAAGGAAUGCACUAUAGGUUUUCGCAGGAUAGAGGGAUCAUUUAGGAACAGGCAGAGCUUUUGUUGCGAGCCUUCCCUCCCGGUCAAUCUUUCUAGCAAAUGUUGUCUUUAACCCUUUAAGUCCCAAUAGUGACCAACAUCAAUUUUCUCCUAACAAUGUCCAUAGAUUGUCAAGUGCAACAUCUAUGAGAAUUAAUCAAAUGAUCACAAAGAGAAGAAUCUUUGAUCUUUUAUCAAAUUCUCCCAACUUAUUCUGUAAGGAAAUGUAUAGAGAUCAGUUUGGAGAAUUUGUUUGUGGAUAUUGGGGCUUACAGGGUUAACGUGCUAAAUGAGUAGAAAUGGGUGUGUUGAUCUGCUGUUAUUAUGUCAGUGUUGAACCCAUGUGGCCUGUGAGCAAGGACGUACAGCUCAGGGAAGACGUUCAAGUGUUGAUAAAGUUCUGGCAAGCCAUGCACUCAGAUAAGAAAUACAUGAAGUACUUCAUGGUUUCAUCACCUGUAGACGCCACCGGUCAGCUUCUGCCACACACUUCCUCAAGCAGUUCCCAGUACACCAGUGGAUCGUCCGGCUUAGGGCCAUAUUUACAGGUAUGCUGAGGGAGGGCCUCAUAUGAACAUACAAUUUAUGGCCCUUACUGCAAGUACAUUGGGCCUUAUCCACAGGCACUUUUCGGAGCUCUAGCCAGAAGUAGGGUAGGGCCCUAUCUAAAGGUGCAAGUGCGCUAUAGGUCCUUUUCCACGGCUGCUUACCUUACCUAAAGGUACAUUGUAAGGCUUAACUGCUGGUACUUAAGGGUACGUUGUAAGUUGUUGCCUAUUGGUACUUUGCGUACUUGCUGCCCGGGAACAACUUUAAAGGUCCUCUUUACAGCUGUGUGUUAGAACCUCAUCUGUAGAUGUAUUUAGUACACAAAUGGGAGCCAUGUUUUGUUAGCUUUUUUUUGCCCUUAUCUUACGCAACGUACAGCAGUAUUCCAAUGGUGUUGGACUUGUGGACCAGAAGAAAUACUCCCGUCAAGUUAUUUAUUGACAGCGCGUGGAGGUUGUGCGCAGGCAGGGCGCCCCCAGCAUAAACUGUGGCAAUUUUGUUUUAAAUUUUGCUCUUUGCUGACUUGGUUAACCAAGUCUUCUUUACUAACGCUUGCGUUAACAUUUAUGUUACUAAUUUUUUGCACUUGCUUCAGAUUUUACCCCAUUUUUUGUUUGCUAAUGAUGCUAAUAUAAUAUUAACUUUGCUUUUGUUUGCUAAUCCACUAAUAACGCGUUCCUUAACAACAUUAUCACAGGUGUCUUCCUCAAGGCGUAGCUCCUUCGGCCUUUUUACUGGAGAAAUGGUAAAGAAAUACGAUGUAGCUGAACUGGUGGGGUGGUGACAUCCGUAAUCUCUGUGUUUCCUCCCCUGGGGGACUGAGGGAUAUGAUCAUAAGGGACAUGUACCAAUAAAGAUAGCCCCUGCAAUUUAGGGCCCAAAUAAGAACGGGCCGCAAAGGAGGAGGAUGCGCCCAAGGAUAGAGAAAGCUACCUCCCCCCUCGUGCGUGUGUCUUUCUUCCGCGCUCACUGUUUAUUUAGUAAGGUUUUGCUUCAUUCAUUUACGAAGAAGCAAGGAAUCCAUCAGUCUUCAUCGGUAAGUGCAGGAUUAUUGCCCACAUUUCCCAAAACAAAUACAGUGGUGGGGAUUGUAUGAAGUUUUGUAUCUUUGGUACCAAACAAACUGUCUAUAUUAGAGUCGUGUCUGUAUUGUGGAAGUAGAGUUUGUUUCAAGUUUGGUAUCUUUGGGACCAAGAGAACUAUAGCGUGAGGGCAGAUUAAUCUUCAGCACUUGUGUAGCCUAUUCCAGGCGUUCAGAUGAGUUUACGAUCAUCUCGCCACCAAGAAAUCUACUCGCCACCACAUAAUAACUCUGCAACAACUGACACUGUUUACUUACCUGGGAUUAUUACUUCUUUCUCCAGCCCAAAUAUAAGUUAAUAGGUUUUAAUUAACACCUUGCGUCGAACUUCUCGUCUUUAGUUUUAUUUUUUGUGAAUAAUUGCAACUAUUUAAUACCUUAAUACGGUUUUUUGGCAUCGCUCGAGAGGUGCGAUUUGUUUAAAAUCCGACAGCCUUUCUUAUGAAAGUUGGUUAAUAUUGUCACUUGAACCUUACCUCCUUAAAUUUCAUCGUAAAUUUAAAGUGAGAAAAUUCUUGUUUUAGAGACUUGUCCUUUCAGUGAGUAUUUAGAUAUAUGUUUCUUGGUAGCAAUUUCGUUGGUGGCAAGGUGACCGGAUACCUUCGGAUAGUGGAGUGCGGCGGGAAGUCAGAGAGUGGAAAAAAUAAGGGGGAGGAGAGGGAGAGAGAAGAGAACGCGUUUCUUCGCUCCCACUCCCCACCUACCCCACCCCUCGCUGUUUUUCUUCCUCACGUCUCUUUGCACCGUCCUACAAUCUGAAUACCUGGAACAGGCUGGCACUUUUGCAAUGUAAUAUGUUAUCAAUUGUUUUCAUUGCAGGGCAAUCGCUGGAUGAACACAAUACCGCUUUCCAGCAAUCUUUCGUCUCGGCGCUCAGCCACUGGGAACUCAGGUGGUAAAGAAGCUACAGGCAACCAACAUGUGUUGAAAGACUACUUAAAACGACGCAAUCUCAUUCUGGCUCUGAUCCGACAAGAAAUUGACAGGCUGUCCACGUGGCAUAACCCCUUAGCCAGACCCGAACUGAGUUUUACUGGGCUUGAGUCCAUGGUGAACUGGGCAAAUCAGACUGUUUUUACCGAGAGAAUCUGGAGGGACCUGGUCAGAUUGGCGUGGCACAUGUCACCGGAUAUUGCUGUGUUUCUACCAGUAAGGUACUGUGAUUCACACGAGUGACCAACAUCAAUUUUCUCCUAACAAUAUCUGCAGAUCAUCAAGAGUAAAGGUUAUGAGAAUUACUAAAUUGAUUAUCAAAGGAGAAUGCUUUGAUCUUAAACUAAAUUCUCUUAACUAAUUUUAAGGGAAAUGUAUGGAGAUCAUUCUGGAGAAUUUGUAUGUGGAUCUUGGGGCUUAAAGGGUUAAAGGGGAUAUGUCACGGUGUUUGCUACCUUUUAAAAAGCGUCCAGUUUUGUUAUUUGAGAUUAUAUUUAGCCGUUGAAACUGUUCCCGGUCAUCUGUUGCAACAGAUGGUAAGGAUGGACAUGAUUUGAAACUUGCCGAACACGCGAAGGAAUAUAAAAAAAUUAUAUAUUUCCAAUUCGUUUUAUUCACUCGAUUGAUGUAAUCAAAGUUUAAAAUAGUCUCUUUUAGGAGUCCAAAAAAGGUUAGGCCACGCCCAGAUUGAUCUCUUUAGGGGUUUAUUUCAAAAUUUCCGACGAGCAUCCCAGCCGCUUUCAUAUGGGAGUCCCCCCCCCCCCCCCCCCCCGGGCUGAAAUGAUAAAUAUACGAAUUUCAUGUACUGUAAGCGGAAAGUGAAGAAAUAAAUGCAAAGAAUAAGAUCAUCGCGGUUAAAGUGGCGAAAAGAAAGCGUUACUUGUCUGUCUCUAUAGCUAAAACCUGUUGGGACAAAUCGCGAAAAUGCCUAUUUUUCCUUUCAUCCAGCCUCGUCCCCAGGGCUUUUCCCUUAAAAAAUGGGUGGGGAAAAGGGAAAAGCCCUGGGGACGAGGUUGCCUUUCAUCCUGGCAAAAAUUGAAACCGUCGCCUAAUGAAUGCCCUAUUUCCCCCCUCCCCUUAUCCAAAGUUGUUUAGGAUAGCAUGACAAUUAUACACGUUGGUUUUUAGACCAAGACAAUAUUGAAUCGGGGGUGGGGAGGGGGCGUUCUUUUCCUGAUUAGAGGAGACGGGAGUAACGCGCAAAAGGUAGAAAAUAGAUGGAACUGUCUCAGCAGUUUUGUCCGGGGUUGUGACUCUGGGAAUGGGAGGGUUGAGACAUCUAGUAGUUUUUUCCGAGUGGCAUUAAUGAAAAAGGUCUUCGAUCCUCCAAGUUACGUUUCUCCUUUUGAUAUUCAGGAUUUUUUUUGCUCCAAAAUAUAUAUCUUAAGAAUGGUAUUGUUGGCCAUUCAUGGCUUAUAAUCCAUAGGUAACAUCCAUGUCGUGUCUCCAAGUAUCAGUUUUUCUGGUAAUGGCGACUUUGCCAUUCACACGUUUUAAAGUUUGUACACCAAUGCAGUGAUUUGACUGUUUAGAUUCAAAGAAGUACCAGUGAUUCACAAAGAAGUGAGUCGUCUUGUUAGGAUCCACCCUACAGCGGUGUCUGAUAUCCCUGAAGCCAUUCAGGUAUGGUGGUGUCAAACGUUGUAAACAACAUUUAUUAGAGGACAUAAAUUCUUGACAAUUAAACGGUACUACAGCAGUGUCCUAAUCAAUAGCUUUUGAUUCAGUAGUCACACUUAUUGUAUUUCAUACACUAACUUGAAAGUAACAACCACAUUAGACAACAGUACCAAAGUAGCAUUCAUGUCAGUGGUCACACUUCAUCCACAGACUCAGAAAGUUAAACACAGGAAAGUACUGCUCAGUGGCUUUUAUUUGAAUGGUCACAGUUAUGGAUUUCAUCCACAGACUCAAGAGUUAUAACCACCUAAAACAGCACAAAAACAGUACUAAAGGAAAGUACUGCUCAGUAGCUUUCAUUUCAGUAGUUACACCAUAGGAGUUCAUCCACAGACUCAAAAGUUAGAGCCAUCUUGCACACAAUAAUACACAGUACCACAGAAAAGUAGUGCGCAGUAGCUUUCCUUUAAAUGUUUAUUCACACUUAGCUGCUAGAACCAAAUUACAAGACUUCAGGUUUCUUGACUUUCAAAAAUUUCUUUUUUUAGUACCUUGUCACGGAAAAAAAUGUCAAAGCCGACAUCCCUGAGUUGACACACGUGCUCUGUUGGUCCGCCAUUCCUCCAGUCCAGGCCAUGGCUUAUUUUUCCCAGCAAUACCCACCUCACCCCCUGACGGCACAGUAUGCUAUCAGGGUACUACAGUCCUUCCCACCAGAUGCAAUCAUACUGUACAUUCCUCAGCUGGUGCAAGCCACUCGCUAUGACGCACUGGGAUUCGUCAGUGAAUACAUAUUAUGGGCUGCGCAGCAUUCUCAGCUUCUGGCGCAUCAGGUAGGUUUGACCGAUAUCGCUAAACCGAUUACCCAUAUCGGUACUGGCCUUUCAAUACAUCGUACGUGAGUAGAUCUUGCUUAGGCGCUACCGACAAGAGCAAGUGUCCGUAGAUACUACAGUGGACGACGUGAAACCCCAAAAUAGUUUUUUGCGCACAAAGAAAUUACAACUUCAAAUACUGUUGCCUUAUUUAAGCCUUGUAACACGGUAUGUUGAAAUACAGCUACAGUGAAUGAAACUCUUGAUUAAUCGACGCCAUAGUAUCGAUAUUCAAUUUCUAAAAGAUUGCCAGGUAUCGAUUGAUAUCGGGAGCCCAUAUCGUAUCGUUUUAAAGACCAGAAUCGUGCCACCAGUGGUGCAUGAUGUGUACUCUCUUGUUUGUAUUACAGCCAAAAUAUUUUGCUCCUAGUACUACUUAAGCAACUUAUGCAGUGAACAGCAGAGAGAAGACAACAAAACAAAUUCUCUUUAAUAGAAUCCGCUGUAAGUGUAUGGUAAACAUUUCAGAGAAUUUACCUGUUGAUAUUACUUAAGCUUGUACGCUUACUGUAUUGUAGCUUAUCUGGAACAUGAAGACCAAUGUGUUCACGGACGAGGAAGCUCAGAAUAAAGACCCGGAGAUUGGACAACAUUUAGAAAAUCUUAUCGACAGGAUUUCCAACUCGCUAUCAGGAACAGCGCUUGAUUUCUACAAGCGGGAAUUUGAUUUCUUUGAUAAAGUCACUUCAGUAUCUGGAACAAUAAGGUGCGUUAACCGGAAUUAUUUCACUUUGUACUCCCUUUCUGUCUUCCCAUUGGCUAAAAGCCUACGAUCAAUUCUGGAGAUCAGGUUAUUAUGCUGAUCGGUGAAUAGUCUGUAGGAUGCGCGCGCAAUUUCGUGUUGACUGAAUAGCCCAGCCUAGUGAUAACAUUUUUUCCUUCUUUCCAUGCUGGCGCAACAGACCAUAUCCCAAAGGUCCCGAAAGAAAGAAGGCGUGUCUUGAAGCGCUGAGCAAGAUCCAAUCCCAGGAAGGCGUGUACCUUCCCAGUAACCCCGAGGCCCUGGUGCUGGAAAUUGAUUAUAACUCCGGUACCCCCAUGCAGAGCGCCGCCAAGGCUCCAUUCCUCGCGCGGUUUAAGGUCAAGCAUUGUGGAAUACAGGAACUGGAGAAUAUUAAUGCUUUAAAAGGUGAGUCAAAAUGGCGUGCGCCCUUUAGUUCAGCUACCAAGAGUGGAUAAACUCUCGCCCUUCUCUUAUUCAUCUUGACUUUCCACAGAUUUUUCAUCAUCAGACAGUGGAGAAGAGGAAGUAGCGAGAGGAAAAUCUCCAAAGAUUUACUGGCAGGCCGCCAUAUUUAAAGUUGGAGAUGACGUGAGGCAGGUAAGAUGUAUUUUUCAAAUUUACUCCUCCUCUCUUCCUGCUUCCUUCCCAACCCAUGGAUCAUUAUACGUUCUUGGGAAACUGCCCACCUACCCCUCGCCCAAGUUAACGCUUUGCCCUACUUGAGAAGUAAGUGUUAAUGUUGGCCUAGGGGAGGGGUAGGUGGACAGUUUCCCAGAAACAUGUAAUGCUCCCAACUGAUUUUCGGUUCCUUUUUCUAUGAUCACUUUUACCUUAAAAUAUCGAAGGUAUUUGCUUUCAAGAUGUUGAUGUUUGUCAGUGCUUUUAUUUAUUUACUAGACUUUUUACAGUCCGCUUUUUUCCGUGAUCGUCGAGAUCGAGCGCUUUGCGUUACGGGCUGCCAUCUUGGUUUCAUAUUUUCCACGAGUAUAGCCUGGUGAUGAGUGUCAAAUCCACUUAGGGGGCAGGGCAAGGGUUUGGAAACCAACAUGGUCGUCCGCAUCGGUAAGCGCGCGCACGAAAAAAUAGGAGACUGUGAACAGUUUAUAUAUUUACUUAUGUAUUCAUUUAUUCUUUAUUAUUAUUUUUUUUUGUAGGAUAUGUUAGCUUUGCAGGUGAUCUCACUUUUCAAAAACAUCUUCGAGCAGGUUGGAUUGGAUGUUUACCUUAAACCCUACAGAGUAGUGGCCACAGCACCAGGGGUAAGUAACUCAUUCAGAAUUAAUUUAGGUUUCUGGGAAACUGCCUACCUACCCCUCCUCUAAGCUAACAUUAAAACUUACUUCUCACAUAAGGCAAAAUGAUGGGUUAGGGGAGGGGUAGGUGGACAGUUUCCCAGAAAGACGUCAGUUUGUCUUCACCUAGGCGAUGUUUAGCACAUCAUGCGCGUGCUCAGGCGUGUCAACAAAUGAACCAUCAUCUCUGUAUUGCUGAUAAACAUCGGGGUAGGCGAAACGACCGUGCUAUAUUGUGAACAUAGCUUUAGUAAAAAUAUUUUUGAAAGUUCUAUGAAACGUUCUUUGAAACUUUUUUUCUCAGAAUGGUGUCAUCGAGUGCGUACCUGAUUCCAAGUCACGUGAUCAACUUGGCCGUCAAACAGAAGUAGACUUGUAUGAAUACUACCAGAAGACAUAUGGUGAUGAAAGUUCUUCCGCCUUCCAGCAGGUCAGGUUCUCAGUGUACUGAAGUAAAGUAUUUGAGAAGAUGCUAAGGAAUCUGUUCACGUGUUCUCUGUGACUAAUUGCUGAUUGAAUGUUUCAGGCUCGAGCGAAUUUUAUCAAGAGCAUGGCAGCGUACUCUAUUGUAAGCUUCCUGCUACAGAUAAAGGACAGACACAACGGCAACUUGAUGCUCAACAGAGCUGGUCAUAUAAUACACAUAGGUAAGUAACUCGUGAGCACCUUGGGUGCUCACGAAUUAUUAUUCAAGAAAAAAGCGUGAUGCACUUACAAAGUUGUUGUUGUUGUUUAUAUAUUAGGCUGAUUUAGCAACAGAGAGGAAACUUCAGUUGAUGACGGCGCGCGCAAAUCAAACAACUGGCUUGACCAAUGUCAGAGCGGCAAAUUGAGCACCGGAAGUCGUCUUUUCCGCGCGCUUUCCCGUCGUCAACGGACGUUCCCGUCCUGUUGCAAAAUCAGCCUAUUUAUUCAAACCUGUCGCUUUUUUUGGUGUUCUUGUUGUCGUUGCCGGCAUCGUCAUAGUUGCUAUAAGCAGAUUCUUUAUCAUUUUAUCGUCUUGAUACCCCAUUCUCGUUUCUAAUUUGUAUUGUAGACUUUGGGUUCAUGUUCGAGUCUUCUCCUGGAGGUAAUCUGGGUUUUGAACCUGACAUGAAGCUUUCUCAUGAAAUGGUGAUGAUUAUGGGCGGAACAAUGGAGUCACCAUCCUUCAGGUAACAUUGUUGCCUAGUACUUAAGCCUCGUUAUUCCGCGCGGCCUACGCGUUUCGGGUCACAUGGUCCGAGUGAGGCCGUUCGUCUCGUAUACGUCAUCGAAUUGAAUUGACAGUGAAGGCGUGGGAAAUUGCCGUACAGGAACUAUGCAAGUAAUAGUGAAGCAGAUCUUUUACGAUAUUUCGACUCAAUAUUUUGCAACUACAAAAUAGUCCUGCAGUUAGACACAACCUUAAAAUAGCAGUUUAGUAAAAUGGAAAAGUACGAAGAACCUAAAAGAAACCAACCUCGUUCGCAUAGUGUCCUGCUGAAAUUCUCUUAAAACCUCAGCACUUGUAAUGGAAACUCGUUGCUCCACUUAAAAACGAACGCUUUUCAUCUUUGAUUUUUGUUAGUAUUCUCAACCAUGUCAAUCGACAGUUUUCAUGAUACUGACGUUGAUUAUUCUCUUUUCAGAUGGUUCAUGGAUCUAUGUGUGAAAGCUUAUCUUACAGUGCGGUUAGUUGUCAAUUUAUUUCCUAGUUAAUAUAUAGCUGAAGGAAUUAAUCUUGUCUUAACAUACGGGGGUUUUAACUGAGUGUCCAAUAACCAAAACCAUUAUGUCUGCUCUGGCCAAUCAAAUCUAAAACGGAUAUUACAUUUGAACCAAUCAGCACUCGAUACGUGUAGCUUGCCCUAAACGCGGGAAUAAACGCGCGCCGAGGCAAGUGACUAUAGAUUUUGGUGAGAAAAAAGGCGCGAGAUUUUUUAGGCAAUCAAGAAGCAUAUUAAAAUCUAAGCGUGCUAGAAAAACGCUUGUGAAUAUAUUUUUUUGUGAUUUGCUCCUUCCCACAGGCCAUACCAGGAGGCAAUUGUGUCCCUUGUGGCUCUGAUGUUGGACACUGGUCUACCGUGUUUCCGGGGGGAGACGCUCAAGAGACUCAGGUGACUCGCUAUAACAGUGAUCAAGCAUCUUGUUAACAUCAUUAGCAUGCCAGGUCUCUACAAGUAGUGAGGCAACUGAGAUAGUCGCUUUGGAAGAAAACACAAAGAUUUGGGACGUUUCUUAAUCUUUUGUAUUACCUACCCCUCCCUUAAGCCAACAUUUUGCCCUAAGUGAGAAGUAAGUGUUAAUGUUGGCUUAGGGAAGGGGUACGUGGGCAGUUUCCCAGAAAUGUAUAAUGAUCGAGCGCUAUAACCCUUCGUCACAGCGAAGCAAACGGUUAGCGCUCGAAACGUCAGCUUCUCAAUCCCCAUGAGGUGGCCAAUAGGCCCUUUGCAGAAUUUGGUCACGUGCUUGGAUACCACUUAGCAACCGCUCGCUGGAUGGCAAGUCAUCCAAGUGUUAAUCUUUCAGUGCGAUCGUGCGAAGUAUUCCUAGGUUAAUUAUUUUGUUGAAAAUUAAGCGAAAUGAAUGGGCUAGAGAACUUAAGCGACGUUUGAAUUAACCUAAGAAGGCGUCACUCAAUCGCACUCAAAGCUUUUUGCAGUCUGAAUGAACGCUUGGAUUGCUUGCCAUCCAGCAUGCCGUUGCUAAAUGGUAUCAAAGCAUGUGACCAAGUUUUGCAAUGGGCUAAUCUACCUUUCACCCCUCCCCCCAUCCACACAACACCACAGUUUCAUUCUCUUUCCUGCUCCAGCAUCAGCCAGACAAGAAAAGCUCCAGUGAAAAAAAACUAUUUUUAAAAUGUUUUUUACAACAGAGCAAGAUUCAGCCCUGCGCAGAGCGAACGAGAAGCGGCCGCCUACAUGGUGAAGGUGGUUCGAGACUCCUACUUAAACUACAGGUAAGGAUUGUAGAGUUACCUUAAGUUGAAAAAGUGAAUUUUUUUUCGCUCACAUGAAGUGUUAGUAAUACGUUUUACCACCCACGAGAGUGGUUUAUCAAAGUAGCGUUCCAGUCGAAGUAACCGAGUCGCCCAUUGUUGCUUUUUUUCUAUUCACAGGACUCGUGUCUACGAUUUGAUUCAGUUGGCACAAAAUCAGAUCCCUUGUUAGAAGCCGUGGCCGCUGAUGCAUUCAGCCUCUGUGAACGUGUUUAACUCUUUUAAACCGGAUCUGGGGUGCGUUUCUCAAAAGGCCCGGAAGCUUUUCGGGCCCGAAGGCAAAUUUUAACAUCCAAACCUGUUGAAUAGUAGCACAGUUCCAGGGGCGGAUCUAGGGGGAGGGUGCAGGGGGUACGCACCCCCCCUCCCUGAGAUGACCUGCGGUUUUCUAAUACAACUGGUAUUCUGCAAAAAAAAACUAUGUGGUUUAUUGGUGUUGAAGUAGAGCAAGAGACGAGUGCACCCUCUCCUAAAAAAAAUCCUGGAUCCGCCCCUGAGUUCCUAACCCAUAAAUCAGUCAAUUUUAGGUCGUUAACUGAUAGUUUCAUUUGGUCAUUUUCAACAUGAUUGAAACUUUGAUCUUGAAUGCAAACGCAGCAAACACAAAGCAGCUUUCCAAGCCCGAAAAGAAAAGAAAAAGGCCCCUGGUCGCUAAUCUUUUCCUAUGAUUAUGUUCAUUUGUGGCUCAUGACCCGGGAGCUUUAGCAAUGACGACGGCAACGAGAACGGCAAAAAAGCAGUAGGUUUAUUAAGCAAAACAACUUUGCACGUGCAUCACGCUUUUCUGUACAUUUCGUUGCCGUCACUGCACGACUAUGACGUGAAAAUGCCUAGUUUCACGUUUUAUGGAGACGUAAACAAAUCUUUCUUUCUCUUGUUAAACUUGAGUACGGUCCCCUAAGAAAUCAGCUCUAGGGAAAUUCGCCUUCAUUUGACAUUUUCAGCGAAUUGGAAUAGACGCGACAAAGUUUAAGAAACCGGAUUCGUUUUAGAAGCGACGUUUUCGCUGCCGUCGUCGUCGUCGAUGCUAAAGCUCCCGAGUCUAAUUCACAAUGUCUAGCUCGCCGAAAACGGUUGCCAAGGGCGCAGAAAACACAGUUCAAAACAAGCAAAUGAAAAUCCCAAUUUUACAAAGUCGACAGAAAGACCCCGAAAAACACAGUUUAAAGAGAAACAAUUUAUAGCCAACAGAGCAAAGCCACAAUGACAUGGAUCCCCAUGGGGCACCCCUGUUGCUGUUGUGAGAGAGUCCCUAGAGGGGUGGGUGGUAGGCCAACAAAGAGUUGCCUUAAAUGUUAAAUAUAAAUAUUAGAGCUUAUGGCUUCCCAAGCUUUAAUUGUAAAAUAUGAACAAGCUGUAAAUAAAGUUGACUAUGAACGUAAACUGUAUAGCCAGGG